AUGUCUGCUUCUAGUGAAUCAAAAUACUCUACAGAAGUAUUGUCUGAAUUAUUAAGCAAGUUACAAGUUGCUGAUAAUAAAGAUGAAGCUGCUACAAAUAUUUCAACUUUUUUAAAUUCAUCAAUUGUUGAACACGAUGUUCCAGUUGAAUUUUUCAAAGAUUUAAAAAAUCAAAUUAAAUCAAAAGAUGCUAAAACUGCAAUUGCUGCUUUAGAUGCUUAUAAACAUAUUGCUUCACAAAAUGGUUUAUCACCAUCAGUUGAACCAUAUGUUGUAGAUUUAGUUGAUGAAGUUGCUUCAAAAGCUGGUGAUAAAAAUAAAGAUGUUCAAACUAAAGCUUCAGAAGCUUUAUUAGCAAUUGCUCAAGCUAUUACUCCAACUGCCGUUAAAGCCAUUUUACCAAAAUUAGUUUCUAAUUUACAAUCUACAAACAAAUGGACUGAAAAAGUUGCUAUUUUAGCUGCUUUAUCUCAAUUAGUUGAUACUGCUAAAGCUCAAAUUGCUUUAAGAAUGCCUGAAUUAAUUCCAGUUUUAUCUGAAACUAUGUGGGACACCAAAAAAGAAGUUAAAGAUGCUGCUACUGCUACUAUGACUAAAUCAACUGAAACUAUUGAUAAUAAAGAUAUUGAAAAAUUCAUUCCAAAAUUAAUUGAAUGUAUUGCUAAACCAACUGAAGUUCCAGAAACUGUUCAUUUAUUAGGUGCUACUACUUUUGUUUCUGAAGUUACUAUGGCUACUUUAUCUAUCAUGGCUCCAUUAUUAUCAAGAGGUUUAGCUGAAAGAGAUACUGCCAUCAAAAGAAAAGCUGCUGUUAUUGUUGAUAACAUGUGUAAAUUAGUUGAUGAUCCACAAGUUGUUGCUCCAUUCUUGGAUAAAUUAUUACCAGCAUUAAAAGCUAAUUUCGCUAACAUGGCUGAUCCAGAAGCUAGAGAAGUUACCAAUAGAGCUUUAAAUACUUUAAGAAGAGUUGGUGCUGUUACUGAAGGUGAUGUUUUACCAGAAAUUUCAACUGCUGGUGAUGUUGAAGUUACUUUAGGUGAAUUAAAUAAAUUAUUAGAAGAUCAAAAAAUUGCCAAGAGAUUUGAAGUUGCUUUAAAUUAUAUUGCUUCAAUUGCUGGUGAUUUAGUUGAUGAAAGAGAAAUCCAACCAGAAGCUUGGUUACAAAAUGUUUUACCUUUCGCUACUAUUUUCUUACAUGAAAAAGAAGCUAAAGAAAUUAUUGAAGAAUAUAGAAAAAGAGCUAUUGAUAAUAUUCCACAACCACCAUCAUUUGAAGAUGAAGAAGAUGAAGGUGAAGAUUUAUGUAAUUGUGAAUUCUCAUUAGCUUAUGGUGCUAAAAUCUUAUUAAAUAAAACUCAAUUUAGAUUAAAAAGAAAUAGAAGAUAUGGUUUAUGUGGUCCAAAUGGUGCUGGUAAAUCUACUUUAAUGAGAGCCAUUGCCAAUGGUCAAGUUGAAGGUUUCCCAAGUCAAGAUGAAUGUAAAACCGUUUAUGUCGAGCAUGAUAUUGAUGGAACUCAUGCUGAUACUACUGUUGUUCAAUUCGUUAUUGAAGAUGGUGAAGUUGGUUUAACUGAAUCAGUUGUUGAAGAUAAAUUAAGAGAAUUCAAUUUCAGUGAAGAAAUGAUUAGAAUGCCAAUUCAAUCAUUAUCAGGUGGUUGGAAAAUGAAAUUAGCUUUAGCUAGAGCUGUUUUAAAAAAUGCUGAUAUUUUAUUAUUGGAUGAACCAACUAAUCAUUUAGAUACUGUUAACGUUGCUUGGUUAGUCAAUUAUUUACAAACUUGUGGUAUUACUUCAAUUAUUGUUUCUCAUGAUUCUGGUUUCUUAGAUAAAGUUUGUCAAUAUAUUAUCCAUUAUGAAGGUUUCAAAUUAAGAAAAUAUAAAGGUAAUUUAUCAGAAUUUGUUAAAAAAUGUCCAUCAGCUCAAUCUUAUUAUGAAUUAGGAGCUUCAGAUUUAGAAUUUAGAUUCCCAGAACCAGGAUUUUUAGAAGGUGUUAAAACUAAACAAAAAGCUAUUGUUAAAGUUUCAAAUAUGACUUUCCAAUAUCCAGGUACUUCAAAACCUCAAAUUCAAGAUAUUAAUUUCCAAUGUUCAUUAUCUUCAAGAAUUGCAGUCAUUGGUCCAAAUGGUGCUGGUAAAUCAACUUUGAUCAAUGUCUUAACUGGUGAAUUAUUACCAACUAUUGGUGAAGUUUAUGUUCAUGAAAAUUGUAGAAUUGCUUAUAUUAAACAACAUGCAUUUGCUCAUAUUGAUAACCAUUUAGAUAAAACUCCAUCUGAAUAUAUCCAAUGGAGAUUCCAAACUGGUGAAGAUAGAGAAACUAUGGAUAGAGCUUCAAGACAAAUUAACGAAGAAGAUGAACAAAAUAUGAAUAAAAUCUUUAAAGUUGAAGGUACUCAAAGAAGAGUUCAAGGUAUUCAUGCAAGAAGAAAAUUCAAAAACUCUUAUGAAUAUGAAAUCUCAUGGAUGUUGGGAGAAAAUAUUGGUAUGAAGAGUGAAAGAUGGGUACCAAUGAUGUCUGUUGAUAACACUUGGUUACCAAGAGGUGAAUUAAUGGAAACUCACGCUAAAUUAGUUGCAGAAGUUGAUAUGAAAGAAGCUUUAGCAUCAGGACAAUUCAGACCAUUAACUAGAAAAGAAAUUGAAGAACAUUGUGCCAUGUUGGGAUUAGAUGCAGAAUUAGUUACCCAUUCUAGAAUCAGAGGUUUAUCUGGUGGUCAAAAAGUUAAAUUAGUCUUGGCUGCUUGUACUUGGCAAAGACCUCAUUUGAUUGUUUUAGAUGAACCAACUAACUAUUUGGAUAGAGAUUCAUUAGGUGCAUUAUCUAAAGCUUUGAAAUCAUUCGAAGGUGGUAUCGUUAUCAUUACUCAUUCUGCUGAAUUCACCAAAGAUUUAACUGAAGAAGUCUGGGCCGUCUUGGACGGUCGUAUGACACCUUCUGGUCACAAUUGGGUACAAGGUCAAGGAGCUGGUCCUAGAUUAGAAAAGAAAGAAGAUGAAGAAGAUAAAUUUGAUGCUAUGGGUAAUAAAAUAGCUGCUGCUAAAAAGAAGACUAAAUUAAGUUCUGCUGAGUUACGUAAAAAGAAGAAAGAAAGAAUGAAGAAAAAGAAGGAAUUAGGUGAUGCUUAUGUUAGUGAAGAUGAUGAAGACUUUUAA